UGUUUUUUUUGUCCUCGUCUGAAAUCCCCCAAAAAAGCUGAAGAUCCUGAGUGAGAUCUGGUGUGAGUCUGCAGCAGCAUCAUGGGAGCCUCCAGUGAAAAGGCGUCUCUCCUCUCCAAGCUGCUCGUCUUCCUGCUGUGUGUCGUCUCUUCUCUCUGUCAGGAUGAAUAUUCUGGAUACCACUCAGGUGAGGAACAAACCUAUGAAGGAUCAGUAAUCGACCACUAUGACAUCUCAGCCUCUCCACAGCCAGAGUAUCCCCCAGAGCCGACUCUCAGCUACUACGAGGAGCAGCGUCCUGCGGAGGAUUACGACCCGUUCGCUCCGACGCAGGUCACCAUGAUCACUGAGGACACCUUCCCCUACGCAACCACCGCUGAGUCUCACUACGCCAAGGAGGACACAGAGACCAUGGAGUACCCUCCCUCAGGCCCCGACACAGGCUCCUCUGAAGAGUCAGGGGGCGACUCUGCACUCGGAGAGGAAGGUCCAACAGAGUGCGACUGUGAGCCAGGAGAGCCUGGGUUCGCUGGAUUCGCAGGACCGAAGGGAUCCAGAGGUCCGCAGGGUAAAGAUGGUGAGCCGGGCGUUCAAGGCAGAGAAGGUUACAAAGGACCCAAAGGAGUUCGGGGAAGAGGAGGAGAUGCAGGACCAGUGGGCGACGGCGGACCUGAAGGAGACGACGGAGCUUCAGGUUUCUCUGGAGCGAUGGGAGAACCUGGACUCAUAGGAGACCCAGGAGAGUCAGGAGACCUCGGUCUGAAGGGGGACAGCGGUAUGGAGGGACCUCGCGGAGGAGUCGGAGGUCCUGGUGAGACUGGCCCGAGUGGUGACGCUGGGCCUUCAGGAUCAGAUGGAGGUGAAGGUAUCAAGGGCUCCCUGGGUGACAGAGGCCAAGAGGGUCCUCAAGGCCCAGACGGAGUGAAGGGUCAAAUCGGAGCACCCGGGUUUCCUGGUGACUUCGGCGAGAGAGGAUACACCGGUUAUCCUGGACUGCCUGGAGGCUCUGGACCGGGCGGACCCAAGGGUAAUAAAGGUAAAGACGGCGUUCCAGGCAGUGACGGCGAUCCUGGAGAAGAUGGUCCCAUUGGAGUCCCUGGUCUGAUGGGAGAGCCUGGACCGUUCGGUGCCAAGGGCAGUAAAGGAGACCGUGGCGUUCAAGGACCUCGAGGCAGAGUGGGAGCUACUGGGUCUGGAGGAGAACAAGGCGACGCUGGAGUACCGGGGAAACUGGGACCAAAGGGUCUGCAGGGCUCCAAAGGGGCCAAAGGUGAGACGGGAGCUGACGGAGAAAAGGGCUCAGGAGGGAAGAAAGGCAUCAAAGGCAUCAAAGGACAGAAGGGAAGCAAAGCAAACCAUGGAGACAAAGGACAGCGUGGACCCAAAGGUGCGAUCGGUAGUAACGGCGUCUCCGGUCCCGUCGGUUCUCCCGGCGUUCCAGGAACCAGAGGAGAGCGAGGAGCCAUCGGAGACCCGGGAGUCAAAGGCCGACCAGGACCCAAAGGAGCACAAGGUCCCACUGGUCCCGGUCUGACUGAUGAGCAGGUCCUGCAGCUCUGUAGAGGCGUAGUCACGGCCCAGAUCUCCCAGUACGCCUCCUCCAUCCGGGCCAAGUGUUCGCAGGGCUGCCCCAUCAACAACCGGACACUCAUUGGGCCUCCGGGGGGCCAGGGGCCGCCGGGACCGGCAGGGAAACCUGGUAAAGCUGGAAAAGCCGGAGCAAAGGGAGCUCGAGGCGUUCAGGGAGACAGAGGACUGGAGGGAGACAAAGGAGCGCAGGGUAACCGAGGUAAAAAAGGACCUAAAGGUGUUGCAGGUGAUCCAGGUACGGGUCUGCCGGGACUGGACGGACCACAAGGCUUCAGAGGUUUUCCAGGUCACGCAGCAGAACCCAAAAACGGAAUGGAGGGUCCUCAAGGUCCGCGCGGCUUCCCCGGUCCGAUGGGUGUUACUGGUAUGCUCGGGGGCGCUGGCGUGCCGGGAUUUUGCGAGGCGCGGGAUUGCAGCAUUCACGCGCCGGUGAUGCGUAAAGAGCAAGGCCUGGUGAAAGGACCAGCCAGCUCCAAAAUCUGA